AUGGUUGAACCUGUAGGCAACCAGUAUGUUGUGGCUCGACCAGUGUACUCUGAACUCUUGUUUGAUGAAGAACAUCAGAAAGUGCAUAGAUAUCACAAAACCUUUCUGGAUAAUCUUCGAGUAUGCUUUAGCUGCUCUCCACAAAAAGCAAAGAAAAUGGUUUUUGAACUGUUUCCUCUCCUCUCCUGGCUACCUGCAUAUCGCUUUAAGGCCUGGAUUCUCAGUGACAUUGUUUCAGGAAUUAGCACUGGGCUAGUAGCUGUCCUACAAGGUCUAGCAUUUGCAUUGCUGGUAAAUAUCCCUCCGGGCUAUGGACUCUAUGCAGCCUUCUUCCCAGUUAUUAUGUAUUUUUUCUUUGGCACAUCCAGACAUAUAUCAGUUGGUCCUUUCCCUGUUCUGAGUUUGAUGGUAGGAGGAGCAGUUUUAACAGUAGUCCCUGAUACACCUGGGAACAGCACACAAGCCAAUGAAUCACAGUUAAUAAAUGACAAGAGAGUAAUGGUGGCAGCAUCAGUGACAAUGCUAGCAGGCAUCUUCCAGCUGCUGUUUGGCGUCCUGCGGAUUGGCUUCAUAGUCAUUUAUUUAUCUCAGUCAUUAAUAAGUGGAUUCACUACUGCUGCAGCCAUCCAUGUUGUCGUGUCCCAACUGAAAUUCAUCUUUCAAUUGCCAGUCCCUGGGUUUAAUACACCACUGGGAAUCAUAUGGACCCUAAAAAGUGUUUUUGAGCAGAUUACAGACACAAACAUUGCAGACCUUGUCACUGCACUCAUCAUCUUGGUCAUCGUGUUCGUGGUGAAAGAAAUUAAUGAGCGCUUCAAAGCCAAGCUCCCAGCACCUAUCCCUAUUGAACUCAUUGUGACGGUCAUAGCAGCUGGGGUAUCCUAUGCUUGUAAUUUCAAAGAGAGAUUCAAGGUAGAUGUUAUUGGAAAACUAGAGAGAGGGUUUCAAGCCCCAAUUACACCAAGUAUGAGUGUCUUCGAAAGCUGUGUAGGUGAUUGUUUCUCCAUUGCAAUUGUUGGCUUUGCUGUAGCCUUUUCUGUAGCUAAAGUAUAUUCCAUCAAGCACGAUUAUCCCAUAGAUGCCAACCAGGAAUUAAUUGCCUUUGGACUAAGCAACAUCUUUGGUGGUGCAUUCAAAGGAUUUGCUGCAAGCACAUCACUGUCAAGGUCUGGUGUACAGGAGAGCACAGGAGGCAAAACACAGAUUGCCGGCUUCCUUUCUGCAAUCAUUGUGAUGAUUGUCAUCUUGGCCAUCGGUCACCUCUUGGAACCAUUGCAAAAGUCAGUUCUUGCAGCUUUGGCUCUUGGCAAUUUGAAAGGAAUGCUGAUGCAGUUCAAAGAGAUAGGAAUUUUAUGGAAAAAGGACAGAUAUGACUGUAUUAUCUGGGUCGUGACCUUCCUCGCUGCUAUUUUGCUGGGGCUGGAUCUUGGACUAGCAGCUGGAGUAGGAUUUCAACUCUUGACCGUUGUCUUCCGUGCACAAUUUCCAAAAUGCACAGUUCUGGCUAAUGUUGGAAGAAGUGACAUCUAUAGAAACAGAAAAGAUUAUACAGAUAUAUAUGAGCCAGAGGGAGUGAAGAUUUUCAGGUGUCCAUCCCCAGUCUUCUUUGCUAAUGUUGGGUUCUUCAAGGACAAAUUGACUGCAGCGGUUGGUUUUAAUCCACUGAGGGUGCUGCGCAAGCGUAACAAAGCUCUGAGGAAAAUCAGGCAGAUGCUGAAGAAAGGAGAGCUUCAAGUCACACCUAAAGGUUUUCUUUGCACUGUUAAUAGUGUGAAUUAUUCAGAUGAAGAAGAACUGGACAACAACACAAUUGAAGAACUGGAUAAGCCCACAGAUACCAAAGAUUUGCCAAUUCAGAUAGACUGGAACACAAACCUUCCUCCCAACAUCAUAGUUCCUAGAGUUGAUACCCACAGCCUCAUUCUUGAUUUCUCAGCCGUAUCAUUUCUUGAUGUUUCUGCUAUGAGAGUCCUCAGAGAGACUAUAAAAGAAUUUGUCCGAAUAGAUGUGGAUGUAUACAUUGUGGGAGCCCAUGAAGGACUUCUGGAUAAAUUGGAAAGAUGCGGGUUUUUUGAUGAUGAAAUUAAACCAUCCAUUUUUUUCCUUACCAUUCAUGAUGCAGUUUUAUAUAUAUUGGUAAAAAAGGAUAUUGCAGUUGGCUCACCAAAGUUCAAACCCAAUAUGCAGAAACAGAGCAAUGAUCACUAUAUAAUCAGUACAAAUGGAGGACUACGCAAUCGGGCUUCAUCAGAAACAAAAUUCUAA